GGAUGAAGGGAAACACUCUGAGCGGCUAGAAGCAGCCCAGAGACACCAGAUCUAGAAAACAGUUUAAAAUCAUCUCAGAGACGGAAUGAGCGCGAAGGUUCUGCAGGAGGAAGUUUCUGCGUCUCUGAGCAGAGUAGUGGACACAGCGGAGGGGGGGCUGACUGUGUUUAAGGAAGAGCCUGUGGGAGAGGAGGAUGGAGGCGGUGAGCUUCUGUUUGAGGGGAGGGGCUCACCUGAGCUGCAGCUCCACGGAGAUCUGGCGCAGUACGCGGCCACUUUACGCACGCACCCCGUGGCCUUCACCGGCAGGUUCUCAGUGGAGUCCAGGGGAGCAGGAGAGCCGUGGACAUCCGGAGACACCAUCAACGUGGUCAGCGCUGACAUCGGCAGUAACGCGCCUGCUGCGCCCUCUCCAGGUAUCUACGCACCUGAAGCAGGAGGCGGCGGCAUGGCGCACGGCCCGCCGGACAUCAGCCACAUGUACGCGCCCGCGCAUCCGCACCCCCACACCGCGCCCUCCUACUCCUGCAGCGGGGACAUGUACCAGGACCCGUCAGGUGGGGGGUACCUGCCCCCCUCCACCUGCUCCGUGUCCUAUCACCCCCCACAGGCCUACACAUCAGCGCCCAAACCCAGCGUGGACGGCCCUGCGCUGCUCUCCAUCAUUCCAGAGUACGGAGGCUUCUACCAGCAGAGCUGCCAGAGGGACCUGCAGACCGCCUUCCCGGACAGGAAGUCCCUCCCCUACACGCUGGACCCCCUCAGGGUGCCUCCGCCUCUCACGCCGCUCAACACCAUCAGGAACUUUACGCUGGCUGCUCCUCCCGCCGCCGUGGAGGGCCCGAUGGCUGCGGCCUUCCCCAGCCACCAGAACCUCCCCCUCAGACCCAUCCUGCGGCCCAGGAAGUACCCGAACCGGCCGAGCAAGACGCCGGUCCACCAGAGGCCCUACCCCUGCCCCGCGGAGAGCUGCGACCGCCGCUUCUCGCGCUCCGACGAGCUGAGCAGACACCUGCGCAUCCACACCGGACACAAGCCGUUCCAGUGCCGCAUCUGUAUGCGCAACUUCAGCCGCAGCGACCACCUCACCACGCACAUCCGCACGCACACCGGGGAGAAACCCUUCUCCUGCGAGCAGUGUGGGAGGAAGUUUGCGCGCAGCGACGAGAGGAGGAGGCACAUGAAGAUCCACCAGCGGCAGAAGGAGAAAAGGUCCUAAAUCCUCCUAAAUGCUCCUGGAGGAGGAGGGAGAUGCUGACACACCGCCUGCAGAUCAGGACCAGAAAGUGAAGAUAAUCUAACAGGAACAUCUCCUUAUUUAUGACCUUAGAAAAACUGCAAACAUCCCAACAGAUGGUCAACAAGUUUAUAGCUUAGUAAAUAAUUAGAGCAGAUGGUGAUGAUGAUGAUGAUGAUGAUGAGGUGUCUGUGCAAACCUUAGAGGAGUCUCCCUGCCUUCCGUGUUCCGCUCCAGAACCUUUCUGUGUUCUGAUGCUCUCAGGGAUCCAAACCGCAGAGUCACAAACAGAGAGGGUUGAUGGAAGCAGCUCAGGACUCACAGCUUCAGGCAGAACUUCCAGCUUGUUUGCACAGGAAGUGAAGAAGAAGAAGGAAGAAGAUGUCGGACUGAGAGCAGAAGCCUGAUGAUCUGCAGCUCCACUGGUUUUAUCUUUGGUUUCCAG